UUCUACAGCAGAAAUUUCAGUGUAACGUAAAAGACUAAGGAAGAGAAAGGGAAACGGUUUUACGUUGUUUGAGAAGACAUAACGAAAAAACAAAUGUUCAGAAGGACUGUUCCGUAAUACGCGGUUGGUUUAAUUAGAUAGGAGUCAAAUUUAAGUUCAAAUAGACGGAAAGAUGUCGGACGACGCGGCGAGGGAAGAUGCUUGCAGAGAGUAUCUGUCGUCCCUGGAAGAUUUGACUUUCAACAGCAAACCUCACAUCAACAUGCUGACCAUUCUUGCGGAGGAGAACCUGCACUUCGCCAAGGAUAUCGUCGCAAUAAUUGAAGCACAAAUCGCCAAGGCACCUGCAGCAGAGAAGCUUCCAGUUUUGUACUUAGUGGAUUCCAUAGUGAAGAAUGUUGGGGGCGAAUAUCUUGAAGUUUUCGCUAAAAACCUAGUCACUUCGUUUAUUUGUGUUUUUGAAAAGGUUGAUGAGAACACUAGAAAAAGUCUGUUCAAAUUGCGCUCCACCUGGGACGAUAUUUUCCCGUUGAAGAAACUUUAUGCAUUAGAUGUCAGAGUGAAUUCAGUAGAUCCUGCAUGGCCCAUAAAACCACUUCCACCAAAUGUGAAUGCCAGCAUCCAUGUCAACCCCAAAUUUUUAAAACAGACUGAGGAAGUAACCACUCCAAGAGCCAAAACCCCACAGCCUCCGGUCCACACAGUGGUGAGUGAGAAGAAUUUGACCCAGGAGCAAGUAAUAAGGCAGCAGUUGCUUGCAAAGCAAAAGCAAUUGCUUGAGCUACAGCAGAAGAAGAUAGAGCUAGAACUUGAACAAACAAAAGCCCAACUGGCUGCUAAUCAGUUGGUAUCAGUAACCAAUCCAUCCAAUAUUCCUGCAAGCCAGCCUAGUAUUGGGGUGAGAGUCAGUCUACUGACCACUGCACAACCUGUUAAACCCUGGCUUCCACCACCACCUGACCCAAAGGUUUCCACAAGAGACCCCCGCUUGAACAGACUAAGUCCAGCAGCUGCCUAUGUGAAGGAGCAAGUGCCAAAUAAAAAGGACAGUCAUGGGUUUGGGACUGCCGCACAUCCCUCUGAUAAGAAAACAAAUGCAUCAGCUGAAAAGCAAAGUAAACUAGAAAAGACAAAAAUCCCUAAAAAAGAUUUUUUGACUGAAGAAAAGCCAAAAUCAAAAUCUCCUUCCCCUUUGACUAAAGGGGUUCAAGGAAAAACUAAGAUCCCUGAACUUGAAAAUGUUAAGGCCACAGAUGUCAACAAAAGGGACCCAAGGUUACGGAAACACCUCCAUGAUAAGACCGAUGUGAAAGAGGAAGAACUUAAAGAAAAGAAAAGGGGUUCUGACAAAAAAGAUAGGGAUGAACCCACCAAAGCCUUGGAGCACAGAUCAUUGGGCACCAGAAGCAAGCUUGCGAAUGGUUCAGUUAACAAGCAUGAGCCUCAGGAGAAACAAGACUCCAAACCAACUAAAGGCAACACCAGGAAGCGAUCUCACUCAAGGUCUCGUUCACCCGUGCUGCACUCUCCAAAAAGGAAAGACCGACGGUCUCCAAAGAGGAGAACCAGAAGCAUUUCUUCGUCUCCACCAAAGUCUGGGAAGGGAAGGCAAGCCGGAGACAAACACACACACCCAGAAGAAUUUCCGCCGCAUGCGAACACUAGGGAAGAAAGAAGCACUCCCAAAAAGAGCGCAAGUGAACCUAGGAGGGCCAAACGGUCAUUAGAAGAACGACCUGUUGAAGCAAGAGAAUCCCAUUCCCCGAGAUUACCUUCCGAUACGAAAGAAAAUACCAAGAGGUGGCGAAGUGGUUGGGAGGAAAACAAACACCUGAAACAGCCUGAAGAGGGCCUUCCACAUGGAAAAUCAGCACAAAGACACAAAGCAUCUUGGUCAAGCAGUCAGAGAGUUACCACACCUCGCACACCAAAACCGCAUCGCCUCAGCAUCGAUGUCAACCUGCAAAUACCAGAAGUGCUUAACUCUGCAAGUAAACGCGACCUUCUGAAAAAGGCUAACAAAAGACUUGCUGAUGGUGAAAUAUCCCAUGAUGAAUUCCUUGCUGUGGCCCAUCGGAUCAAACAGCUUUUUCUGUACCAAGAGGAAAUGCAAAGAUCUGACUCUUGGGAGGGAAGUGAUGAUGGACAGAUUGUACGGAAAAAGAAGCCCUUGCUGGCCACACCCCCGUCCCAGCAGGGGAGUCUGUCUGAUGCUGAAAUCUCUUACUACGAGCAUAAAGCUAAGUUAAGAAGAACCCAGGUCCAGCGUCAAGGUAAUGAUGUUUGGGAUGCAGACGACAGCUUCUCGAACGAGGAGGCGAGUGUGAGAGAAAUUGAGUUCCCCGAAGGACACCCCGGAACAAGGACUGGGGAUAGCCACUUUAGAAAACAUGAUGAGGCUACUGAAGUACCCAUGUGUACUUCCCCUAUAAAGAGUAACAGGCCAGAAGGACCUAAGUGCUCUCAAGAAAAUAAAGUCAUGUUUGAAGAGCAUGCUACUGUAGAUGUUAUUAAAGAUUUGCCUAGUAAUAAAAGGGGAAUUCUCAGGCUAAAGGGACAGCCUGGACAGGAUUACAGGAAGAGAGGUGAUCCUCGUGACUAUAGUGAUGACAGACUAAAGGUUAAGUUGGAAGGUGGAAGAGAUACUCACUCACCAUACAAUGAGAGACCGCAGCUUCAGAGGCCACCGUAUGAGGAAACUGAUCAAGGAAAAAGUAGCUUGGAAGCACAGAAGAGAUAUGGAGGAGGAAAUGAAGCCAUGAAGCUUGAAGAUUCUGUAAACCAGCCGUGCUCAAGGCUCGAUGAGCUUAGAAAAAAUGAUAGACCUUCAAAUUCUAGUCUGUUGUACAAAAACUCCCCAAGUCCGGUCAGUUUUGAUGGACUUGCUGGAAAAUCACCUGUGAGGGCCUUUGACAGUUCAUCCAGCUUAGAAGUUGACAGCCUCCCAAUGACUGUACGGGAACCCAGCCCCAGUGAGAGAUUUGACAUUCCCUCCAGCUGUGAGCAGCCCAUGACCGUAUCUGAGGGUGAUGUUCCAGUUAGUGUGGAAGUACCUCCUAGACAUGAUAUUCCAUCAGGACCAGGAAGAAGUGGACAACCAGGUCAAAUGCUAUGUGAAGCUUCAGGACAGACACCGCCUCAUUCUUCAGAAGGCAGCCUUUCGCUGUCUGGUUUAUCACGAUAUGAUGCCGCAAAACACCCUCAGAGGUUUGAUGGACCACAAGGUCCACAGUCCAUGGUUUUUGAUGGCCCAAGUCACAUGGGCCAGCCAAGGAUGGAGGGACCAUCAAGACCUCAUGUACAAGGCAGGUUUGAUGUGAAUCCUGGACCAGGACGUUUUGAUGGGCACUCUGGGCCUCAUAACGCUUCAAGAUUUGAUGGUCAACCUCCGCAGGGCCAAAGUAGAUUUGAUGGUCCUCAAGGGCCUGUAAGAUUCAAUGGCCCACAUUUACAUAAGGGUCAAGAGAGGUUUGAUGAUUCUAUUAGAUAUGACAGUCCAUCUAUGCAAACUGGUCCUCCAAGAUUCAGUGAACCGCACAGUCUUGGAAGAUUUGAUGGACCACAUAUUCAACAAGGAACAGGCCGAUUUGAUGGGCCAGUUGUGCAGCAGCAACCUUCAGGCAGGUUUGACAACCAAGGUCAAUUUGAUGGGUUACAGAUGCAACCUAAUAUGUUUGAAAGGCCAAUGAGAUAUGAUAAUCCCCAUAUUCCACAAGGCCUUGCGAGGUUUGAACCGCCAGUGCGAUUUGGUGGCCCCCAAGGACAAGGGCCAGUUCGAUAUGAUGGGCCUCAAUCUGGGCCAGGUGCUAUACGAUUUGAAAACCCUCAAGGACAACUUGGACCUAUGAUAUUUGAUGGGCAGCAAGGUAUGGCUCGAUUUGACUGCCCACCUGGACAACAACCACCACCCAGAUACUGUGGGUUACCAAACCAGCUGCGACCACAAGGCUUGCCUAUGUUUGAGACACCCCAGGGUCCGGGGCCACUGGCUAAUCCUGGCAGCCAACAACCAGCAAAUUUCAACAUGCCAAAUAACAGGUUUUCUGAGCCAUUAAAUGUGUUCAGCAGUGGGCCACAGCCUUUUCCAGGACAAAAUAUCUCUCAAGGAGCCAAUUUCUGUGUCCGGGCAGUUCCUGGAGGUUCAGCCUUCUCCAAUACACAUGUCAGGCCUGUUGGAUCUUUUUACAACCCCUCUGCUCCGGUUGUCUCUGGUGGAAGUGUGAAUCCUUCACUUCCGGUGGGAAAUAUUCCUCAGCCUAUGAAUAUGCUCUCUGGUAUUGGAAAACCCCAGCUGCCAGCCCCUUUCAUCCAGUCCUUCAUACAAACACAGAACCCUGUGCCUUUCAACCAAGCAGGUCCACAGUUUUCAUCUGAAAGUCAUUUUGGCCAGGUUGAUGUCAACGACCUAUUAGCAAAGCUGAUCGAUACAGGGAUAAUAAAGCCAACUCAGACAGACGCACCUCCAAAUGAGUCACCCGCACCCAAUCCAAUACAGCCAACAGCUGAAGAGGAGGAGGAAGAGGAACAGGAGGAUGAUCAUGAUGUCCCUGAUCUCACUGGCUUUGUUAUUGACGACAUGAAACAGAGAUAUGAAAGUGUUAUCACUAAGCUGUACACUGGAAUACAGUGUUACUCUUGUGGGAUGCGUUUCACUGCAUCGCAAACGGAUGUAUAUGCUGAUCACUUGGAUUGGCAUUAUAGACAAAACAGAUCAGAAAAGGACAUCAGCAAGAAGGUCACACACAGAAGAUGGUACUACAGCCUUACGGACUGGAUUGAAUUUGAGGAAAUCGCUGACCUUGAGGAGAGGGCAAAGAGUCAGUUUUUUGAGAAAGUCCAUGAGGAGGUGGUGCAGAAAACUCAGGAAGCUGCGAAAGAGAAAGAAUUCCAAAGUGUCAAAGCGGCUCCCGCUGUUGUUGAUGAGUCAUGUGAGAUCUGCCAGGAGCAGUUUGAGAUGUACUGGGAGGAGGAUGAGGAAGAGUGGCACCUGAAAAAUGCAAUCCGCGUUGAAGAGAAGACAUAUCACCCAUCGUGUUACGAGGACUACAAAAAUACGUCUUCAUUUGUGGACUGCACUCCAUCCCCCAGCAAAGCUCCUGUGGAAAACCCUUUAAAUGUGUUUAUUAAACAAGAGCAAGACGACCAGUCCACCUGUUCCAGUGUUAAACAAGAGACUGAUGCACAGAGCGGCUCUGCCGAAGAAAAUGUGGAAGAGAAAGUUCAGGUUAAGUUGGAGGCUGAAGAAGUCGGUGCAAUUAUUUGUUGAAAAGGAUGCUGCUUUUUUCUCCCCCUUUUUUAUUGGUGAGACAGUACUGUAAUUUCAUUUUGUAAAGAAGAGAUAUUUUUUAUAUUGAUAAGCUCUGAGGCCGGGUCCUCAGCUAUGCAUACAUUAAAUACAUUUUUGUAUUUGGUAUUGCCUGUUAAAUUCAGGUGUUUUUGCUGUGUGAAUGCUCCUUGUACCUUGGAAAAAAAUGUAUGUAUAAGAUUUAAUUUAUAUAAAUAAAGCUAUUUUUGCUAUUCUUUGUGUAAUGCUGGUAUUCUACUAGCACCCCUGAUGUUUGCUUUGCAAGCAUUGUUUUUCAGACAAAAAAUAAUUUGUAAUAAUUAGGGGUUUAUUUCCAAGAAGGCUUAAGGUUGGGCUAACUGAUAGAAUGAAGAAAAAAAUAAAAUAAAAGACUAACAUUCAUUUUGUUAUACAACUUUUAAGAGGAAGAAUUUUUUUUUUUGGGUAGCGGUGUACAAAAGGUAAGGUGUGACCUAGACUUUUUUUUGUCUUCUAAAAUAAAUAGAAAAUAAAAUUUGAAGUGUAAAUAAUUCAGAUUCCUUAACAGAUCUUUUGGAUUCCUCUGCGGUACAGGUUUUAUAAUUGCGUUGUAUUCAGUUAAAUUCUAACUUUUUCAGGAUUGUUUUUUUUUCUUCCAGAGGUUUGAUGGAAAAAAAAGCAGAGCUGCUUGGUAAUACUGGAUUCAAUAAAAAAUAUAUAAAAAUUAGUUUGCCUCUGUGUGUGAAAUGUAAUGUGGUUUUCCUGCGCCGGUACAUGCUCCCCUCCUUUUUCCAUUGAUUUGAUUCUGUAGUGGUUCUAAUAAUAAAAAUAAUUUCAACUUA